UCGUGCGUCGCGCGCCGGCCACUCGCGCGAAGAAUAGAAACCAGCGAGUUUUGUUCACAAGCGUGUCGUGUUCGUACACUUUUAUUAUACAACAAUCUGAAUUUUUAAGCCUUUAAACCACACAGAAGUCGUCAUGGAUGUUGGGGAGCUGCUGAAUUAUCAGCCCGACCGAGGUGCCAAGAGACCCAGAGAUGAAGACAGCCGCGAGGAGUCCAGAAGCAAGCAGAAGACGGCGGGCCGCGACACAGGACGGGUGCUGGUGAGAUCAGAGCCGGACAGCGAGGAGCAGACAGGAGACGGGGAGAAGAUCCUGGAGAGACUGAUGGAUCAGGAUGGAGAAGAUCCAGAGGGUGAGCUUGUGGAUGAGAGCACAGUGAAGAAAAUGAUCCUGACCUUUGAGAAGAGAUCCUACAAAAACCAGGAGCUGAGGAUCAAGUUUCCCGACAACCCCGAGAAGUUCAUGGAGGCGGAGCUUGACCUGAAUGACAUCAUCCAGGAGAUGCAUGUCAUCGCCACGAUUCCAGAGCUGUAUCAUCUGCUGGUGGAGCUGAACGCCGUCCACUCUCUGCUCGGCCUCCUCAGCCACGACAACACUGAUAUCAGCAUCGUGGUGGUGGAUCUCCUGCAGGAGCUGACAGACAUCGACACGCUUCACGAGAGCGAGGAGGGGGCCGAGGUGCUCAUCGACACUCUGUUGGAGGGUCAGGUCGUAGCUCUCAUGGUGCAGAAUAUGGAGCGUUUGGAUGAGACGGUGAAGGAGGAAGCUGAUGGCGUUUACAACACUUUAGCUGUGAUCGAGAACAUGGCCGAGUUUCGUCCCGGUCUGUGUACAGAAGCGGCCCAGCAGGGUUUGAUGCAGUGGCUGCUGAAGAGGAUCAAGGCCAAGAUGCCGUUUGAUGCCAAUAAGCUGUACUGCAGUGAAAUACUGGCUAUCCUGUUGCAAAACAAUGACAAAACGAGGGAGCUGUUGGGAGAAAUGGACGGGAUUGAUGUACUACUGCAGCAGCUCUCAGUGUUUAAGCGUCAUAAUCCAGCCACGGCGGAGGAACAGGAAAUGAUGGAGAAUCUGUUUGAUGCCCUCUGUUCCUGCCUCAUGCUUCCAGCCAAUCGUGAUCGUUUCCUCAGGGGGGAGGGGCUUCAGCUCAUGAACCUCAUGCUCAGGGAGAAGAAGAUGUCUCGAGUCAGCGCUCUGAAGGUCCUGGACUACGGGGUGAUCGGUCCAGAGGGGUCGGAUAACUGUCACAAGUUUGUGGACAUCUUGGGCCUGCGGACCAUAUUCCCUUUGUUCAUGAAGACGCCCAAGAAGAUGAAGAAAGUGGGAGUAUCGGACAAGGAGCACGAAGAGCAUGUGUGCUCCAUCAUCGCCUCCAUGCUGAGGAACCUCAAAGGGCAGCAGAGAAGUCGUCUCCUCAGCAAGUUCACGGAGAACGACUGCGAGAAGGUCGACAGACUCAUGGAGCUGCAUUUUAAGUACCUGGAAGCCGUUCAGCUCGCAGACAAGAGGAUCGAAGGAGAGAAGCACGAUAUGGUUCGUCGUGGAGAGAUAAUCGACGAUGCGAUGGACGAUGAGUUUUAUCUGCGGCGGUUGGACGCCGGACUCUUCGUCCUUCAGCUCCUCUGUUAUAUCAUGGUGGAGAUCUGUAACGCUGGCGUUCCUCAGUUACAGCAGAGAGUCCAUCAGAUCCUCAAUCUCAGGGGAGGAUCCGUCAAAAUAGUCUGUCAUAUAAUGAGAGAAUAUGCAGAAAAUAUUGGCGACGGCAAGAGCGAGGAGUUUAAGGAAAGUGAGCAGAAGAGGAUUAUGGAACUACUUGAGAACUUCUAAAAAUCCAGUUGGAGCUCAGUGUGGGUUUUCCUAUGCGGUUUUUUUUUUCUGCGUUACGGUGAAGCUACAUGUAUUUUGGCCAAUCCUCAUCCUGUCCUGACUGGACCACAAAAAUCUGAAGUUUAAA